AUCAAACUUGGGAGUAGGGAAGAAGCAAGAGAUGGCAUAAACCGUACAGCGCUGCGUGAAAUAAAACUGCUACAAGAAGUUCACCAUCUUAACCUAAUUGGUCUUUUGGAUGUGUUUGGCUAUAAAUCAAAUGUCUCACUAGUGUUUGAUUUUAUGGAUACUGAUCUGGAAGUCAUAAUCAAAGAUACAGAUAACAUCAUCCUAACGCCAGCAAAUAUAAAAGCGUAUAUCUUGCAGACAAUACGGGGAUUGGAAUAUCUGCAUCUCCACUGGAUUUUACACAGGGAUCUGAAACCUAAUAAUCUAUUAGUAAAUUCUGAGGGAGUAUUAAAGAUUGGGGAUUUUGGAUUAGCACGAUUUUUUGGCUCCCCAAAUAGACAAUAUUCACAUAAAGUGGUCACUCGGUGGUAUAGGAGUCCUGAACUAUUGUUUGGAGCACGAUCAUAUGGAACUGGAGUUGAUAUGUGGGCAGUCGGUUGCAUCCUGGCUGAAAUGCUGGUACGCUGCCCAUAUUUUCCAGGGGACUCGGAUCUGGACCAACUCACUAGAAUAUUUACUGCUCUUGGUACGCCCACAGAUGAUAACUGGAAGGAUCUAACAAAACUUCCUGACUAUGUAUCAUUCAAGCAUUUUGAUGGAUCUCCACUUCGUGAUCUCUUCCUUGCUGCUAGUGAUGAUUUGUUGCAGCUUCUUGGGUCCCUGCUAAUGAUUAACCCUUCCAAGAGAUGCAGCUGUACUCAAGCUCUCAAAAUGCCUUACUUCAGGUACUCUGGGGAGGGUACAGGUGAAGGGGAUCUACCUGACGAAGGCCGGACAGCAGCAGCAGUACAUGAACCUGGGAUCUGAUGACUUGAACUACCAACUGGAGUGUCACAUUGAGGGCGACCUCUCGGCCAUCGUCAACGUCACCUGGUCUCUCGACAAGUGGGGCGUCGUGUACACCUGGGUACCUGCCACCCGCUCCGUUGCAGGUGAGGCAAGCAACGUGCUGGUUGGGACGAGGU